CACGAUAACACAAAUAUGACGGCGUCAGAAGUAUCUUACAAUCGUAAAAUAAUAUCAGAAGACUUGUCGAAUGUGGAAUUCGAUACAAGUGAAGAUGUCGAAGUUAUACCAACUUUCGAUUCUAUGGGUCUACGCGAUGAAUUAUUACGUGGAAUAUAUACCUAUGGUUUCGAAAAGCCAUCAGCUAUACAGCAGAGAAGUAUAUUGCCAAUAGUAAAAGGCCGUGAUGUGAUAGCUCAAGCUCAGUCUGGUACAGGGAAAACUGCAACCUUUUCCAUAUCAAUACUUCAGUCGCUAGAUACUACACUACGUGAAACACAAGUAUUAGUCCUUUCACCGACUCGUGAGUUGGCUACACAAAUCCAGAAAGUUAUAUUGGCUUUAGGUGACUUUAUGAACGUCCAGUGCCAUGCCUGUAUUGGCGGCACUAACCUCGGGGAAGAUAUAAGGAAACUGGACUAUGGUCAACAUGUAGUAUCAGGAACACCAGGACGAGUUUUUGACAUGAUAAGAAGACGUGUGCUUCGUACAAGGUCAAUCAAAAUGUUGGUGCUUGAUGAGGCAGAUGAAAUGUUAAACAAAGGUUUUAAGGAACAGAUCUAUGAUGUCUACCGUUAUCUACCCCCAGCAACUCAAGUUGUGCUUAUUUCUGCUACACUACCUCAUGAAAUUCUGGAAAUGACAUCAAAGUUUAUGACAGAUCCCAUAAGGAUACUUGUAAAACGUGACGAGUUGACUCUGGAAGGCAUCAAGCAGUUCUUUGUGGCUGUGGAACGUGAGGAAUGGAAAUUUGAUACUCUCUGUGACCUUUAUGAUACUCUAACAAUAACACAAGCCGUGAUCUUUUGUAAUACUAAGAGGAAGGUUGACUGGUUAACGCAAAAGAUGCAAGAGGCCAACUUCACAGUAAGCUCUAUGCACGGAGACAUGCCACAGAAAGAAAGAGAUAAUAUUAUGAAAGAGUUUAGAUCUGGCCAAAGCCGAGUUCUCAUUACAACUGAUGUCUGGGCGAGGGGAAUAGAUGUCCAGCAAGUUUCCCUAGUCAUUAAUUAUGAUCUGCCCAACAAUCGUGAGUUGUACAUCCACAGAAUCGGCCGUUCAGGUCGUUUUGGACGUAAAGGUGUAGCUAUCAACUUUGUAAAAUCAGAUGACAUCAGGAUUUUAAGAGAUAUUGAACAGUACUAUUCAACACAAAUUGAUGAAAUGCCGAUGAAUGUAGCUGACUUAAUUUAAUUUGUUCUCAUUUUAUUAGACACUUACAUAUUUUAUUCACAAAAUACUUUCAAAUGUCAGUAUGCAAAAAAACUAAGACGAUUACUUUCUCCGAACAGCUUGUAUUUCUUAACAUAUACUUUAUAAAUAAAUUAUAGCCCAAA